AGUUUUGCAGGUAUGUGGCUUGCAUUUUAGGGCCAUUACUGAUAGAAAGGAUUGCGAGGUUGAAAUGGAAAAUUAUGAUGACGAUUGUACAUUCGACAAAAUUAAUAGUGCAUUUGAACGUCUUAAUAUUUCAAUCGAAGAGGCUACAAAGAAUAAGAGAAUUCUGGCUUCAAGGUUGGAUCGGGCCGUCAGUUUAAAGAGAGAAGUUGAAUUGAAAGAGAAAGCUGCAGAAGAAGCGAAAGUGGAAGCAGCUACUAGCAGUUUAGAUAUUCUUGCAAAGGUGGAGGCACUUAAACAGGCGCAGCAGCCCGUAAAGGAAACAAAUGACAUGCAUGCUAGAGAAGUGUAUGCACAGAAGGCGGUUUUAGUUAAAGAAUUGAAAGAACUUCAACUUCGUAUGUCUGGUUUGUUGAACGAAGGUCGUAGAUCUUUUAUAAUUUCUGAUGAGAUGCAUAGGAUAUUGAAGAGGAGAUUGAGUAAAGCUUAUAGAGAAAAGGAGUUAGCAGAAAAAGUAAAGGUAGAAAAGGAGAAAUUGGCUCUGAAAGCCCUUGCUUUUGAAAAAAGCCAAGUGUUAAAACUGGUAAAAGAGUCAGAGAGACUAAAACAAGAAGCAGUGGAGAAUUCUAAGUUGCAGGAUUUGCUCAAAGAACGUGAAUCUGUUGUUAAUAUCUUACAUGGAGAAGUAUCCGAUAAGUAUCAAGAUAUUAACUGGUUUAUAGAGCAUCUUGACCGACCCGUCUUGCAGCGACGUGGAUUAUCAUCAUCUAGCCAAACAUCAGCAGAUAUGGAUUUGAAGGAGCAAAAGGGAAAUAUGAAUGGGUCAUCUGAGGUAAAAAGUACACCUGUGGUUGCAGAUAUCACUAAAGGGGGACAUUCGGUGUCAAAUAAGGGUUCUGUUGCUUCUGCACAAACUAAUGCAGAGUGGGUAGCUGCACCAUUAACUGGGAAGCAUGUUGUUAAAAAAUGGAAAAUAAAAGAAAAAAAUUUAUCUACACAAAGAAAGAUUGCACCUGCAGGAGGGGAGAUUUAUUGGGGAUAAUUUGAUUGAGAUAUAGUGGUAACAUUUAGUAUUCAUCUCAGUAUAUGGUUAUCAUCCUUAAAUUGUUUAAAAAUUUUGUUGUGUUUUGGAGAAAUGAUUUAGAAAUGGGCAGUGGGCUUUGAAUUGGUUUUACAAGAAUUACAUCUCUCUAUGUAUAACAUUAAGCGCUAACUAAGAUGGUCAUUGGGUAAA